AUGGUUCACAACAUCCAAACCAAGCAAGACUUCCAAGACGCUCUGAAGCAGUACCCAGUCGUCGUUGUGGACUUCUACUCUACCCACAGUGCUGAGUCUAAGCACAUUGCUGCUACGUUCGCACACGCCAAUGAGUUGGAUAAGUACAAGGACUUUCGAUUUCUCAAGGUUGAUAUCGGUGACCUGAAGGACCUGGCGAAUGAGCUCGGCGUUUCGAAGCCAGCUACCUUCCAAAUGUACAAGAACGGACAGAAGAUCAACGAUCUGCAGAGCGAUCAGACAGAAGACCUUAUGCAAUUUCUCGAGACCGGGCUGUAG